ACAUCACGCCGCCGCGUAUUGCCACGCGUGACGUCACGCAGCCCCAACAGAGCGCGGAUCUCUAGCCAUGGCGGAGGGGGAGAGGCCGAGGCCGCUCCUCCGGCUGGUGCAGGAGGGACGGCUGGACCUCCUCCGGGACGAGCUGCGGCCGGACAACGCGCUGGUCCCAGCAGUGCGGAGCCAGCGCUAUGGGCGCUCGGGGGACACGCUGCUGCACCAUGCUGCCCGAUACGGGCACCGGGACGUCCUCGCCUACCUGGUAGAGACGCUGGGGAUGGACAUUGAGGUGUUCAAUAGCGACUACAAAAGACCCCUCCACGAAGCAGCCUCCAUGGGCCACGGGGAGUGUGUCUCCUACCUCCUGGAGAGAGGUGCGAGCGUAGACUGCUUGAAAAAGGCAGACUGGACUCCCCUAAUGAUGGCUUGCACCAGGCAAAACCUGGAGGUGAUCAAAGCUCUCGUGGAGCAUGGAGCCAACCCACUGCUGAAGAAUAAGGAUGGCUGGAAUUGCUUCCACAUUGCGAGCCGGGAGGGCCAUCCCCAGGUCCUCCGGUACCUGCUGGACACAUCCCCCAGCAGCUGGGACACGGAGAGCACGAUAAAGAGAACGCCUCUGCACACAGCAGCAAUGCACGGCUGUUUUGACGUUGUGGAGCUGCUCCUGGAGCGGUGCCAGUACAAACCUGACAGCAGAGACAAAUGUGGAGUCACUCCCUUUAUGGAUGCUAUCCAGAAUGGACAUGUCAACAUUGCCCGGCUGCUCCUGGAAAAACACCAGGCCUGUCCUUCAGCCGUGGACGCACUGGGCGCUCAACCUCUGCACCGGGCAGCCGUCACGGCCCAGGAUGAAGCCAUCCAGUUCCUCGUCUCCGAGCUGGGUGUCGAUGUCAACGAGAGAGUGACGGCCCUCCAACUCACAGCACUGCACUACGCAGCCAAGGAAGGACACGUGCAUACCAUCCAGACGCUGCUGUCCCUCGGUGCUGAUGUCCACGCAAAGGAUGGGAAGAGCCGUUCCGCCCUGCACGCAGCGUGCGCUGGGCAGCAGGCGGACGCCGCACGGAUCCUGCUCCGCGCCGGGCUGCAGGACGCCCCGGAUGGCACGGGCAUGCUGGCGCGGCAGCUGGCGAGGAAGCCAGAUGUCAUCCAGGUUUUCCAGGAGACGAAUGUCAGCGCGUGAGACCAACUGGGAAAAAGAGAAACACGUUUCAUUUCAGCGUGGGCUGAACUUCACCUUUUCUUGUGCAGCACCCAGCACGUCCAAACAGCUGAGGCUGCAGCUCCCUGAAGUAUAACCAUCCAAGGAAGGUGCCCAAUGGGCCACUGCCAGAUGACCUCUGGGGACCUGCAUGGCUUGAACCCCCUGGAGCCUACCUAGCUCUUGCUGGGAUGUUUCCAUACAAUGGACAUCCUGAAGGAGAAGAUACACCUGGAUCGCUGAUUUUUAGAGCCCUUAAUGGACCUGCUCUCCACUAAGCUCUUAAGUUGCUUCAAGUGGCCACCACUUUCGAUAGCCCCUGAGAGAGGCUGAGUGCGGUGCAGUGUAACUGAGCCCUUGGUGACUCUUCCUUUGUCGGGUUUGAGCUGCAGAGGACAAGCGCAGGGAGUCUUCAAGCUGCAUCAACCUCUUAUGUCCUUUUUGUGGCCCAUGCCUGAUCCCAAAGCCUGCUGAAAUGAAUAGUAAGACCUCAACCUUGCGAUGAUAUCAAGGGUCUUUGGAUCAGACUGAAAAAAAAAAAGAGGUAUUUGUUAUUCCAGACAGCCUUGCUUGGCACUUCUCACCACUGAUGAACUUUAAAAAAAAUAAAAAUCUGCUCUUUGAAGUAUAUAGGGAAAUGGCUUAAUAUUUAAUGUAGCCAGUGAGUCUCUAACAGCCUGGAAUACACAUAAAGGUAAGAGCUACUGUAGCUGUUUGGUUUAUUUGUAUGCAUCUGGAAUUAUAAAUUUGGU